AUGAAGAAGCAUUCGGCCCGGGUGGCCCCGCUCAGCGCCUGCAACAGUCCGGUGCUGACCCUCACCAAAGUGGAAGGGGAGGAGCGCCCCCGGGAGGGCCCGGCCCCCGCGGAGGCCCCGGCGGCGGCGGGGUCGGAGGCCGGGCGCGGGAGCCGCCGCUGCUGCCGCUGCUCGGGGCCGCGGCUGCGCAAGCUGGGCUGGGGGCUGGCGGUGGUGCUGAGCGUGUGCACCUCCUGGGCCGGCGCCACGCAGCUCGCCAAGCGCACCUUCCGGACCUUCGACGCGCCCUUCACCCUGACCUGGUUCGCCACCUCCUGGAACUGCCUGUUCUUCCCUCUGUACUACGUGGGCCACGCGUGCAAGGCCCCGGAGCGGCCGUCGGUGAGGCAGCGGUACAGGGAAUGCUGUCGGUUUUUUGGAGGCAAUGGCUUGACUUUGAAGGUGUUUUUCACCAAGGCAGCCCCGUUUGGUGUCCUGUGGACACUCACAAACUACCUGUACUUACACGCAAUAAAGAAAAUAAACACCACGGACGCCUCCGUGCUCUUCUGCUGCAACAAGGCGUUUGUGUUCUUGCUCUCGUGGAUCGUUCUCAGGGACAGGUUCAUGGGCGUGAGGCUGCUGGCCGCCCUCCUGCCGAUCUGGCGGCGGCGAGGACCCCGGCACGGGGCCCCUGUUCUCCGACCGCCCUUCCCUGCAGGCCUGGCGGUGGGACCCGCUGUCAGGUGGCUCCGUCCUGCGGUCCAGCCCCGGCUCCAGAGCCUCCCCGGGGCCCAGCUGGGCCGGCGGGGCCUGCAGCCUCUCCGCUCCCCGCAGGUUCUCUUCAAGCUGCUCCUGGGCAGCGCGAAGUUCGGAGAAGCCGCCUUAUUCCUGUCCGUGCUGGGCGUGUUUAACGUCCUCUUCAUCUCCUGCGUCCCCGUCGUCCUGUACUUCACCCGCAUCGAGUACUGGAGCCCUUUCUCCAACAUCCCCUGGGGGCACCUGUGCGGAUUCUCCGUCCUCCUGCUGACGUUCAAUGUCGUGUUAAAUUUCGGAAUUGCUGUCACCUACCCGACUCUGAUGUCUCUCGGGAUCGUCCUCAGUGUGCCUGUGAACGCAGGUGAGUCUCUGCUUGGCUGCGAGGGGGCCUGGUGA